GGUGGUAGAACUACCUACCAACACCGGUUGCUCCCAAACCCCGUUUCGUUCCAUUCCGUGCCGUUGUUCUUUUCGGUGUACCCGACAAAGGUCUCAGCCCCAGCCUUCCAUUCUAAAGCUACAAACCCAACGCUCCCACCCUCUCUCUCUGUCUCUCUGUCUAGUUCUCUAAAAGUCUAAAUCCAGUGCAAAAGAUAAAGUCUUCUUGGAGACUGAGGUCGGUGAGGCGUCUUCUCUUUCUAGGUUCUCUGUAGCGCAUGAUGUGAAACCCUAGCGUCCCGCCCGUAGGUUUUCGGCCUCGGAAUCCAACAAGAAGAGGAGUGGGGAUCGCCGGAUCGCCGCCACGAGAUGGGCAACUGCUGCCGCUCGCCGGCCGCGGUCGCCCGGGAGGACGUCAAGUCCCACUUCCCCGCCGCGCACCACCACCAAGCCGCCGGCGCCGGCGCCAAGAACCACCACCACCACAACGGCGCCGCCGGUGGGCACCCCAAGCGGCUGACCGUCCUGACCGACGGCGCCUGCGAUGCGGCCCUCUCCGGCGGCAUCGAGGAGAAGUACCUCCUCGACCGCGAGCUCGGGAGAGGCGAGUUCGGGGUCACCUAUCUCUGUAUGGACCACGACACGAAAGAGCUUCUUGCCUGCAAGUCGAUCUCGAAGCGGAAGCUCCGAACGGCCAUCGACGUCGAGGACGUCCGGCGGGAGGUGGCGAUCAUGCGGCACCUCCCCAAAAGCCCCAGCAUUGUGAGCUUGAAGGAGGCGUGCGAGGACGAGAAUGCGGUGCAUUUGGUGAUGGAGUUGUGCGAGGGUGGCGAGCUCUUCGACCGCAUCGUGGCGCGGGGGCAUUACACCGAGCGUGCCGCCGCCGCCGUCACCCGGACCAUCGUCGAGGUCGUCCAGCUCUGCCACCGGCAUGGGGUGAUCCACCGGGACCUCAAGCCGGAGAACUUCCUCUUUGCCAACAAGAAGGAGAACUCGCCGCUGAAGGCGAUCGAUUUCGGGUUGUCGAUAUUCUUCAAGCCUGGAGAAAGAUUCUCUGAGAUUGUAGGAAGUCCAUACUACAUGGCUCCCGAAGUCCUGAAGCGAAAUUAUGGCCCAGAGAUAGAUAUAUGGAGUGCAGGAGUUAUUCUCUACAUUCUAUUAUGUGGAGUUCCACCAUUUUGGGCUGAAACUGAACAAGGGGUUGCACAAGCCAUUCUUCGGGGGGCUAUAGAUUUUAAGCGUGAACCAUGGCCAAGUGUUUCAGAAAAUGCUAAGAAUCUGGUCCGACAGAUGUUGGAGCCUGACCCAAAACUUAGACUAACAGCAAAGCAAGUUUUAGAACAUCCUUGGCUUCAAAAUGCUAAAAAAGCUCCAAAUGUUCCUCUUGGAGAUGUUGUCAAGUCAAGGCUCAAACAGUUUUCAAGGAUGAAUAGAUUUAAAAGGAGAGCUUUGAGGGUCAUUGCAGAUCAUUUGUCUAUUGAAGAAGUUGAAGACAUAAAAGAUAUGUUUAAGAUGAUGGACACUGAUAAUGAUGGUAGUGUUUCAUAUGAGGAACUGAAACAUGGACUUGCAAAAUUUGGUUCCCAUCUUGUGGAGUCUGAAGUGCAGAUGCUUAUUGAAGCUGUAGAUACCAAUGGAAAAGGAAAGCUAGACUAUGGGGAGUUUCUUGCAGUAUCUCUUCAUUUACAGAGGAUGGCAGAUGAUGAACAUCUCCGCAAAGCCUUCUCAUACUUUGAUAAGGAUGGCAAUGGCUUCAUUGAGGCGGAGGAGCUCCGAGAGGCUCUGGUGGAAGAUGGAGCUGGGGCUACUGACAGCAUGGAUGUGGCAAAUGAUAUCUUACAGGAAGUUGACACAGACAAGGAUGGUCGAAUCAGCUAUGAUGAAUUUGUUGCAAUGAUGAAAACUGGAACAGAUUGGAGGAAGGCGUCAAGGCACUACUCGAGAGGAAGAUUCAACAGUCUCAGUGUCAGACUAAUGAAGGAUGGUUCGCUAAACCUAGGUGGUGAGUGAAGUGACGGGAAGAUUCAAUGGUCUCAGCAUCAGAGUAUUGAAGGAUGGUAAACCUGGGUGGUGAGUGAAAGUGACAACCAGAGGUCUUGUUUGUUUGCUGUUGAAAGCUGAUCCUCUCCAAAGUGUGAACCAUUUUUUUUCAUCAUUAUUUUGGGAGGAAUUUAGUUAGGUCGCCGCCCUUGAUUGGCUUACCCUGUAAUUAGUUCUUCAGCUUGCACGAUAAGCAUUUGUGUUGCUGUGUUUGCAUGUGAAGAUGCCGCUAUCUGACACGCUGAUGCUGUAUCUGCUGUGUUGUGCAAUGUUGGGUUUGUUGUAAUUUUCAGAAGCACGCUAUUGGUUUUAAUAGCCAUUGUUCAUUUAUAUGAAUGUCGCUCAAAUUGUGAACUGA